GCAACCAAGAUGACUUCAAGAUGUGGGUAUGAAUCGGCGACCAGACUUUUCUAGCCCAAGGUGCGGGAACUCGGUAGGUCCAGUAUUGGGCAGUUCCUCGAGUUAAGCAAGCAAUUAUGUAAGUUAGUCAUGGUUAUAAAGCCUGCUGUUAUUCGCCAAUUGAAAACGAUCAUACACCCUCAAUGCGACGCCGGUAUUCGUGACCUCGCGUAACUUGCCUGUUCACGAAGGUUGCCGAUUCGGGAAUUUGAUACCUGCAUUUGGUGAGUCGUAGUAAGACUGGUAUCCGCAACUAUAUGAACUUGGCUUGAAGACCUCUUUUUUAGGAAGUUCUCUGUCGAUAUGACGAUUUAAACGGAAUAAAACAAUGCACGAACAUUCCACUACGAGAUAUAUAACUGGUACCUACGAGACACCUCGAAGAUCAUAGUGCGAGAACUCUCCGGGAAACCCCACUAUCAUCCACGACUACGCAAAGUCAUGGAUGAGAACAUCAAUGUGGACACUAAUGUUGUCGAUAUAGAAGUUCCCUGCAUUGUUUUCUUUGUCCUCACCCCCAUAUUUUUGGUCAUUCGAAUUUCAUCUCGGCUGAAAACUGGUUCGGGUUUAGGAUGGGAUGAUUACACGAUUAUAGUUUCCUGGACCUUCGCUCAGAUCGUCUCGAGUCUUUUGAUUGCUGCUUGCAUGCACGGCUUCGGACAACACAUUUAUGAGAUUACCGCGCCGGAGCAAACACUAACACUUAAGCUCUAUUACGUCGCACAAGCAUUCUAUAAGCUCACGUUGAAUCUGACUAAGGCAUCCAUCAUUCUACUAUAUCUUCGCAUAUUUCUUCAACGAUGGUUUAAGAUCACAUGCUACGUCUUGCUGGGGAUCAUUCUUGGAUACAUGGUGGCCACUACUGCAUCGUCGAUUUGGCAGUGUACCCCCAUCGCGAGAGCUUGGGAUAAAUCGAUACCAGGCUCAUGUAUCAGCAUCACCGAGAACUGGUAUGCAAAUGCCGGCUUUUCGAUCGCUACGGAUAUCGCAAUCCUCGUGCUUCCGAUGCAGCCGAUCUAUCGGUCUAAUCUCCCAACGAAACAGAAAUGGGCGCUGAUUAUUGUGUUCGCUCUAGGCAUCUUCGUUACGAUAACAAGCAUCAUACGAAUGCAAACUCUCAAUUUCUCUUCCACCAGUUCUGAUCCUACUUACGACGUUGUGUCCUCAACUUGGACCGUGAUCGAAGAGAAUGUUGCCAUCAUCUGCGCAUGCCUUCCUAUGUGCAAGGGACCACUAAACUACCUGUUCCCAUCAAUAUUUGCCUCGGCUCCUCGACGUAUCUCAGCCGGCUUCAAGCCGAGCCAGCAUUCGAACAAUUCCAGUCGUAGCUACUGGUCUCCAAUGCGGGGCGAUAGGGAAAUAUUGAGCACGCGUGUGACAUGCGUUGAGGGACGGAAACCCUUUACAGGUGGAAAUAGUCAAGAGUAUAUGUUAGAACACGCUUGCUCGAGGGAUCAGAUUAGUGACGUUGAAGAAGUUCGGGGUAUUCGAAAGGUUAUACAAUAUGACAUAACAGUACAGACGUCAGGGGGCAGCAUAGAGCCUGUUUGAAAAGCGUCGAGGUUAAAAUUCAUGAGACUGAGAUGCGUUGAAAAUUGUACAUAUGGAUAUUUAUGUACCAAGAAAACAAUUGUGACUUUGACAGCAGAAUAUGGAAGAAAAGGGGUCCCCCUUUGCGGAGACACCCCGCUACGGUGCGCG